GUAAAUAGGUUCGUCCAUGAAAGAAAAUUAAGAAGAAAAUCAUCCUUUUAUUUUUUCUUUGAUGACGAUGUGAAGUUUGUUUUAAAAAUGGACGGCUUUAUUUUUAUUUUGAUUGCGUAGAAUAAUUAAUUAAAUUUCAAGCCUCAGUAAACAAAACGAGAUUUUAAGUGCAAAAUGGUGGAUAGAAACGAGAAGAUAUUACACGAAUUGUUAAAACUUAACGGAAAUGGCCUGUGUGCGGACUGUGGUGCCAAAAAUCCGGAAUGGGCUUCUUACAACAUCGGUAUAUUUAUUUGCACACGAUGUUCCGGUGUGCAUCGUAGUAUGGGCGUACACAUUAGCAAAGUCAAGCAUUUGAAACUUGAUCGGUGGGAGGACUCGCAAAUCGAGAGGAUGAAAGUAGUCGGUAAUAUAAAAGCAAAACUGAAAUAUGAAGAAAGAGUGCCUCCUUGUUACCGACGACCAAAAGAAGAUGAUCCACAAAUUCUGGUUGAACAGUGGAUCAGGGCCAAAUACCAAAGGGAAGAGUUUUGCUAUCCGGAGAGGCAGACUUACACAAGCGGUUAUUAUUCUGGAUUUUUAAUGAAACGGGGGAAAGAAGAUAGUAAAUACCGUUCACGAAAGUUUGUGUUGUCAGAAGUUGAUGAUACUCUUAAAUAUUUUGUUAUGGAGCACAAGGAUCCAAAAGCAGUGCUGAAGAUCUCCGAUAUUAAUGUGGUCUUAGCCCCUGAAAAAGUUUCUUAUCCCAAUUCAAUGCAGUUUACCUUUUUGAAAGACGGAACGACCCGGCACAUCUAUGUAUAUCACGAUGAAGGAGAAGUUGUCAUGAACUGGUACAUGGCAAUAAGAUGUGCCAAAUUGCAUAGAUUACAAGUGGCUUACCCAUCUGCUAGCGAACAUGACCUGGUUAAUUAUCUGACCGAAGAUUUUGCUAAGGAAGGCUGGUUGUGGAAAACCGGGCCACGAACCAGCGAUGGGUUCAAGAAACGAUGGUUUACCCUUGACAGUCGGAAACUGAUGUAUCAUGAUGAGCCUUUGGAUGCCAAUCCCAAAGGAGAAAUUUUUAUUGGUCAGCAAUGUGACGGAUACAGUGUUAGAAUAGGGGUGACAAGAGGAGUAAAAGAUCAAGGGUUCUCUUUUAUGCUAACCACACCUGACAGGGUCUAUAAUCUGUCAUCUCAGUCAGAACUGGAUAGAGAUCACUGGAUCGAAGUGUUGGAGAGGGUCAUUGAACGGCCCUUUUCCCCUCAAGAUUAUUCAGUAUCUGCCAAAUUGAUCAGGAAGAGGACAAACACAAACUCGAUAAACAUAUUCUCGCCAAGGUAGUUCCUACAUAUCAUAUCGACUUAUUACCUAGUCCUGUAUUUAUUAGACCUUACAAAUAUGAGAAACGAAUCGGGAAUAGUCGCCGCAAAUUCAUUUCUCAGUUGCAAAUACUCGUACAAGUACAGGUACCUAUUUUCUUAUCACAAGAUUAUUUCUACAGUAGAAUUUUUUGUACAUAAGACUUCAUAUGUAGCGUAUGUUGAGUGGUUCAUUUAGUAUUGGGCACCAGCGGGCUGUAAUCGAAUGUCAAUGAUACCGUAAAGCGGAAAGAGUCACAGCAAGAUUCAACAAUUUCUAAUCGUUAACAUCACAUAGCCAAUAUGGUUAAGAAAAUGCUAAAGUAGUCAUUGUUUUAAUGAAUUUAAAUAUUUCAAACAUUCUGAGACAAUCACAAGACAGUAAGGAAUGGCGCUAAUGUAGCCAGUCCAUCCAUUCCCUGUAUACAUCUCUCUCUCUCUCUCUCUCUCUCUCUCUUACACACAGUAUUCCUAGGCCUCGCUCCUUGCCCUUAGUAACCAAUAAGAAGAGACUACCUCUUCCUCCACAAUAUAUUAGAGAUUUAAGUCUUAGGUCAGGAUAAGUUAAAUUUAAGUUCAUACUUGUACAUACUUGAGUUCACACCAAAUCAUUUUGCUUAGAAUAUAUAGUCUAAUUACCAAAUACAUUUUCUCAUUAUUUAUAUUCCAUAUUCUUUAAGGUAUAAUAUUGUAUAAGUUAUUUUUGCGCGGGAAUCAAAGAAUCCCAAAUUAUGUGUAUGGUGGACGACUGCCGCAAAUAAAACCAUUA